AUGUGUUAGCGUCGAGCAGCUGGCGGCGGAUGAUUGAGUUUGUGGUUCGUCGCGCGCCCUCUGGAGGAACGCUUCAGGUUUCCCGCCCUAAGAUUUGUGGAGACGAACGAAAAGCAUUCUGGGUAACCGGGAAAGAUGGCGGACGACGCGGAGCAGCAACAAACCACGAACACCGUAGAAGAACCUCUGGAUCUGAUCCGCCUGAGUCUGGAUGAGAGGAUCUACGUGAAGAUGAGGAACGACAGAGAGCUGCGAGGAAGACUGCACGCCUACGACCAGCACUUAAACAUGAUCCUCGGCGACGUGGAAGAGACCGUGACGACCGUGGAGAUCGACGAGGAGACGUAUGAAGAGAUCUAUAAGUCGACGAAGAGGAACAUCCCGAUGCUGUUUGUCCGCGGGGACGGCGUGGUGCUGGUGGCUCCUCCGCUGAGGGUCGGCUAGCUCCACACGGAUCUUCUUCAGCGUUAUGAUUUGGACUUUCCUUCUUCCUCCAGCGGGUGGACUCUCUUUGUUUUCAGAAGCACGGAGCGGUGAAUCGGUUCCUUUUGCGAGUUGACUUUUGCUUUUAGUUUGGUAAACCCGCGCCGCGUUUGAUUUGAGUGUUUUUGACCGUCAUUAAAAGUCAUGAAGUUUCUUCAA